UGUGGACAGGCUUCAGGCUCCCUAUCCUCAGCCGCGUUAAGAUGCAGAACGCAGCCGAGCUAUCGCUGUCAGUCACAAGACAGCUUCCUUCACCUUCCCCAGGGGCGCGUUUACCUCCCUUCUGUUUUUAAACUUCCCUAGUUUACCGCUCAAGUGAAGAUCUUAAAAGGAGGUCUGGAUUCACCACCACCACCACCCCCAUCCACACCGUGGCCCCUUCUCUCCACGUAACUUUGACGCACAAACAUUAACCCUGAGGCUCCCGGAGAUGGCUGCCAGGGCUCACGCUGGUCUGGCUGCAGUGCUUGUCUGGCCAGUCUCUUGCUCUGGAGUCAGAUAAAUUGAUCAUGAGGAAAGUCUCUGAGAAGGGUCAAGAGAGCCAAGCAGAUUCCGCCUUAGCAUCCUCAGAAGCUUCAACUCUGGAGGCAAUGGGUCGAAAGGAAGAAGAUGACUGCAGUUCCUGGAAGAAACAGACCACCAACAUCCGGAAAACCUUCAUUUUUAUGGAAGUGCUGGGAUCAGGAGCUUUCUCAGAAGUUUUCCUGGUGAAGCAAAGACUGACUGGGAAGCUCUUUGCUCUGAAGUGCAUCAAGAAGUCACCUGCCUUCCGGGACAGCAGCCUGGAGAAUGAGAUUGCUGUGUUGAAAAAGAUCAAGCAUGAAAACAUUGUGACCCUGGAGGACAUCUAUGAGAGCACCACCCACUACUACCUGGUCAUGCAGCUUGUUUCCGGUGGGGAGCUCUUUGACCGGAUCCUGGAGCGGGGUGUCUACACAGAGAAAGAUGCCAGUCUGGUGAUCCAGCAGGUCUUGUCGGCAGUGAAAUACCUCCAUGAGAAUGGCAUCGUCCACAGAGACUUAAAGCCCGAAAACCUGCUGUACCUUACCCCUGAAGAGAACUCUAAGAUCAUGAUCACUGACUUUGGUCUGUCCAAGAUGGAACAGAAUGGCAUCAUGUCCACUGCCUGUGGGACCCCAGGCUACGUGGCUCCAGAAGUGCUGGCCCAGAAACCCUACAGCAAGGCUGUGGAUUGCUGGUCCAUCGGCGUCAUCACCUACAUAUUGCUCUGUGGAUACCCCCCAUUCUAUGAAGAAACGGAGUCUAAGCUUUUCGAGAAGAUCAAGGAGGGCUAUUACGAGUUUGAGUCUCCAUUCUGGGAUGACAUUUCUGAGUCAGCCAAGGACUUUAUUUGCCACUUGCUUGAGAAGGAUCCGAAUGAGCGGUACACCUGUGAGAAGGCCUUGAGUCAUCCCUGGAUUGACGGAAACACAGCCCUCCACCGGGACAUCUACCCAUCAGUCAGCCUCCAGAUCCAGAAGAACUUUGCUAAGAGCAAGUGGAGGCAAGCCUUCAACGCAGCAGCUGUGGUGCACCACAUGAGGAAGCUACACAUGAACCUGCACAGCCCGGGCGUCCGCCCGGAAGUGGAGAACAGGCCGCCUGAAACUCAAGCCUCAGAAACCUCUAGACCCAGCUCCCCUGAGAUCACCAUCACCGAGGCACCUGUCCUGGACCACAGCGUAGCACUCCCUGCCCUGACCCAAUUACCCUGCCAGCAUGGCCGCCGGCCCACUGCCCCUGGUGGCAGGUCCCUCAACUGCCUGGUCAAUGGCUCCCUCCACAUCAGCAGCAGCCUGGUGCCCAUGCAUCAGGGGUCCCUGGCCGCCGGGCCCUGUGGCUGCUGCUCCAGCUGCCUGAACAUUGGGAGCAAAGGAAAGUCCUCCUACUGCUCUGAGCCCACACUCCUCAAAAAGGCCAACAAAAAACAGAACUUCAAGUCGGAGGUCAUGGUACCAGUUAAAGCCAGUGGCAGCUCCCAUUGCCGGGCAGGGCAGACUGGAGUCUGUCUCAUUAUGUGAUUCCUGGAGGCUGUGCCUGUGUCACUGCAAUUUUCAGGAGACAUAUUCAACUCCUCUGCUCUUCCAAACCUGGUGUCUAUCCGGCAGAGGGAGGAAGGCAGAGCAAGUGGAGCAGGGCCUAGCAGGAGCGGUUUCUGGCCAGAAGCACCAGCCUGCUGCCAGCGGGGCAGCCCCUCACAGGAGGCCCAGGAGGGGGCCCCAAGGCGUAGAAGCCUUGUUGAAGCUGUGAGCAAGAGAAGCGGUGCCCACCAGCUUCCAGGUCUCCCUGACCUGCCGGCUCUAUGCCCCACACCCUACGUGCCGUGGCUCUGUGCAGUGUACGUAGAUAGCUCUCGCCUGGGUCUGUGCUGUUUGUCGUGAAAAGCUUAAUGGGCUGGCCAGGCUGUGUCACCUUCUCCAAGCAAAGCCAUAUGGAGCAUCUACCCAGACUCCCACUCUGCACACACUCACUCCCACCUCUCAAGCCUCCAACCUCUUGGCCAGAUUGGGCUCAUUAAUGUCGUUGCCUGCCCAUCUGCAUGAAUAACAGGCAGCUCCCCAUGGUGGUCUGCCUGUGAGCUCUUCCAGUUCUAAUCCUUAACUCCAGGAUUAGCUCCCAAGUGUGCUGAGACCCAGCCAGCACACUUCUGGCCCUUCUCCCUGCCUCAAUCUAAAAGCAGUGCCACACCCUCCAAAGUGGAAUAGAAAGAAGUUCAUGAGUAAGGGCUGCAAGGAAUUCUUAUCCUGGCCACAUGCCCUCCGUGCACACACCCAGUGGAGUUAACCUUGGAAGUUGACUAUUUUAAUGUCUGCCAGGAGUUCUAAUCCUGCCUCUGUUCCCUUUUCUCUCCUUGAAAGUCCAGCACACCAUUCUUGUCCUUCCCCAGUUUCCUCGCCCUCCACCCCUCCAGCUUCACGCUCAGUGUUGUGCUUAAUAAAAUGGACAUAUUUUUCUCUA